CCUCCACCUUAAGCCAAUCCAUUUUUUCUUUUGGUAUAAUAUUUUGUACCCGAUAUUUACUAGCCCGACUUUCAAACUAGCUCCGCAAAAGACCUAAGCUACCUUUUGUUCUUCUCUUAGUAGUAGAAAAUGAAAGACAAAAGCAAGAUCUUAAUAAUUGGAGGCACAGGCUAUAUAGGAAAAUACCUUGUGCAGGAAAGUGUAAAAUCUGGUCAUCCAACUUGCAUUUUGGUUAGAGAAAGCACACUUGCAAACCCUGAGAAGUCAAAACUCAUAGACACAUUCAAGAAUAAUGGUGUUACACUAUUUUACGGAGAUAUAUCCAACCAAGAAAGCUUGAUCAAGGCAAUCAAGCAGGUUGAUGUGGUGAUUGCCACUGUUGGGGGAAGUCAAUUUGCUGAUCAAGUGAACAUCAUCAAAGCAAUCAACGAAGCUGGAAAUAUCAAGAGAUUUCUUCCUUCAGAAUUUGGAUUCGAUGUGGAUCACGUUCAUGUAGUUGAGCCAGCUGCAUCACAUUUUGCUCUCAAGGCCAAAAUCAGGAGGAUGAUAGAGGCACAAGGAAUUCCAUAUACAUAUGUCAUCUGCAACUGGUUUGCUGACUUCUUCUUGCCCAACUUAGGGCUCUUACAAGCUAAAAGUCCUCCUAGAGACAAAGUGGUCAUUUUUGGCAAUGGAAACCCCAAAGCAAUAUAUGUCAAGGAAGAAGACAUAGCCACAUACACCAUUAAAGCAGUAGAUGAUCCACGAACCUUGAAUAGAACUCUUCACAUGAGACCUUCUGCCAAUAUUUUGUCCUUCAAUGAGAUAGUGUCCUUGUGGGAGAAAAAGAUUGGCAAGACCCUCGACAAGUUGUAUCUUUCAGAGGAACAUAUUCUCCAGAUUAUACAAGAGGGACCUUUGGGAUUAAGAGUAAAUUUGGCGAUAUGUCAUUCAGUUUUUGUUAAAGGAGAUUCUGCAAACUUUGAGGUUGAUCCUUCUACAGGCGUCGAAGCCACCAAGCUUUAUCCGGAUGUCAACUACACAACUGUCAACGAGUACUACAAUAAAUUUGUCUAGGCUGUGGACACUGCAAUCUACUAUAUAUGAACACAGAUUUGAUUAAGUUGAAACUGUUUCUAUUUAAUAAAUAAUGUUAAUAUUGUAAUUUCGAUUGUAUUGGAUGUUUUUUUGUUAUGGUCUCAUCACUAUUUUAAUCGAAAAGCU